CAUUUUGUUGACUUUCGACAGAAGCCAUUCCAACGAUCACAUCCACCAACCAGUCUCAAGCCUGCCACAACCACUCGUCCAUCGACCCAAUUCGGCGUUUGUCUCGGCGAUUCAGUUCAGCGGGCGACAGAACCGGACCAAAAACGCAAAGACAAAAAAAAUCACGCCGAUGCGACGCAGCGGCCAUGAUCUCGUCGCAACCCAACAUGGAGAGGUUUCUCCGUGACUGGCGCCAGGAUGCGCUCAACAAAGCCCAGUACGAGUCAGCCAUCUUCAUCGGCGACAAGCUCCUGGCCAUGACAAAGGACGAGAACGACGCCUUUUGGCUUGCCCAAGUCCACUUCGCCGCCGGCAACUACACGCGCGCGCACGACCUUCUGAACAAACACGGCCUCAUCGGGACCAACCCGUCCUGCCGCUACCUCGCCGCCCACUGCCUGAUCCGGCAGAACAACUUCGCCGACGCCCUGGCCCUGCUGGGCGAGCACACGCCGACCCACCUCUUCACCUCCAACGCAAAGCGCAAGACGCACCGGACCGCGGGCCGCGGCACGAGAGCCGGGUCCAAAAACCUCGACCGGCAGCCGGACGAGCUCAGCGAGGAGGAGUGGUCGGUCAGGCGGUACGAAGCCGGCAUGUGUUACCUCCGCGGGCUCUGCUACGCCAAGGAGAACGCCUUCGACCGGGCCAAGGAGGCUUACAAGGACGCCCUGCGCAUCGACGUGCAGUGCCACGAGGCCUUCACGCAGCUGGUGCGCAACUCGCUCAUGUCGGCGGACGAGGAGGCCGAGUUCAUGCAGUCGCUCGAUUUUGGCGCGGUGCGGGCCCCCCGGGGCGGCGACGACCCGGAGCUGCGGAGCGAGCCCGGCGACUACGUCCACAUGCUGUACCAGACCCAGCUCUCCAAGUACGGCAACCCGCGCGCCUUCAACGUCGCCGUCGAGUCGCUCUCGACCCACUACGGCCUCGAGGACAACGCGGACCUGCUCCUCGCGCGCGCCGACCUGCUCUACACGCAAUGCCGCUUCAAGGACGCCCUCGCCAUCACGGCCGCCGUGCUCCGCGAGGACAAGACCAACUUCCCCGCCUACCCGGUCCACCUCGCCUGCCUGUACGAGCUCAAGCGGACCAACGAGCUCUUCCUGGUCGCGCACGAGCUGGCCGACCACCACCCGGAGCACGCGUGCACCUGGCUGGCCGUGGGCACCUACUACCUCGCGACGGGCAAGAUCGCCGACGCCCGCCGCUACUUUAGCAAGUCGUCCAUGAUGGACGCCACCUUCGGCCCCGCCUGGAUCGGCUUCGCCCACACCUUCGCGGCCGAGGGCGAGCACGACCAGGCCGUGACGGCCUACUCGACCGCCGCCCGCCUCUUCACCGGCACCCACCUGCCCCAGGUCUUCCUCGGCAUGCAGAACCACGCCAUGAACAACCUGACGGCGGCCGAGGAGUACCUCAAGUCGGCCUACCAGCUGUGCCGCGCCGACCCGCUGCUGCUCAACGAGAUGGGCGUCGUGCUCUACCACCAGGACCGCCUCCGCGACGCCGCAAAGUUCUUCCGCCAGGCGUUGCUCGUCGCCGACGAGACGGGCGCCGACCCCCACGCCUGGCUCGGCGCCCGCACCAACCUGGCCCACGCCUACCGCCGCCUGCGCCUGCUCGACGAGGCCCUCGACGAGUUCGACGCCGUCCUCCGCGACGGCGGCAAGAACGCUCCCGUCCUCUGCGCCAAGGCCCUCAUCCUCCUCGACAAGGGCCUCCCCGACGAGGCCGCCCGCGUCCUGCACGAGGCCCUCGCCGUCAACCCGCAGGACCCCGUCGCCACCGAGCUGCUCAACAAGGCCCUCGAGGAGUCGGCCGCCGCCGGCGACCUGGCCGUCCUGAUGGGCGGCCUGCGCACCGGCGAGGCAGGAGCCGAGGGAGAGCCGGAUGAUGACGACGACGAAGGAGGACGAGGAGGAGGCGGCCUCGGCGGGGGCGGGGCGGACGACGACGAGGAGCUGGCGCGCUUCGAGCUCGAGCUGGAGGAAAAGAAGGCCGCGGCCAUGCGGAGGCUCGAGAGGCGGGGCAGGUGGAGCUCCACGGCCGGGCUGGGCGGCGGCGGCGGCGGCCGGGGAAAGGGCAAGGCGGUCAUGAGGGGGAACGCCCGCGGCGGCAGGGCGGCCGGAGCUGCGGAGUAUGAGGUCGUCGACGACGACGACGAUGACGACGACGACGACAAAGGGGGAGAAGAUGUUAUGAUGGACAUGAGCGACGACUACUGAGUCCGCGUUUCCGAGCUGGAAGGAAUCGUUUUGUGGGCGGCGCGGUUCCCAUUGCAAUAAUUAUUUUGUUUAAGCAAAAAG